AGAGGACGUCCGCUCACGCCCGCAGUCUCACGCCCGCGAUCUCACGCCUCGGACACCGGACGCGUGUCACGUUUCGGCCGCUGUGAGGAUUUACUGGACACCGUGGUUUACAAAAAACAUGGAGUGUGAGUGUCUGUGUUCCGAGAAUUCUCACGCUCACGCCAUUCUGUUCAACAUCCUCACCGGAGACGCGGAAGCCACCGAACUGAGCUACGCGGCGUCCGGCCUCUGUCACUGUGACACGCGUCGCACCGUGCGGCUCAAGUCGCGUGACACGUGCUUGGCGGCCGCGAGCGUGCUCGUGAAGACCGUGCGCUUCGUGGCGAGUCUGCCUGCAUUCCAGCAGCUUCCGGCGGAGGACCAGCUCGCACUGCUGCACCACUGCUGGGCGCCGCUCUUCAUCCUGGGACUGGCACAGGAGCAUGUGAGCUUCGAGGUGGAACAUGAGCCCAUGACCAGCAUGCUGAAGAAGAUUCUGCUGAACCGAGAGCAUGAGCGCGAGAAGAACCAAGAACAACCGACACUCAGUGGAGUCCAGAACCUCAAAUCCUGUCUCAGGAAGCUGUGGAGUCUGGACCUGAGUCCCAAAGAGUACGCUUACCUGAAAGGCACCAUGAUCUUUAAUCCAGAUGUGCCUGGCCUGCAGGUGGUGUCGUUUGUAGACAGUCUUCAGCGUGAAGCUCAGCGUGCUCUCAGGGAAGUUCUGUUUCUCCUGCACUCAGGUGAUGGAGGGAGUUUCGGGCGUGUCCUCCUCGCUGUGUCCUCACUGCAGAGCGUCACACCUGAGCUAAUCACUGAACUCUUCUUCAGACCUAUCAUUGGCUCCGCCCACCUUGUACACCUCAUCACUGACAUGCUGUUCAGCAGGUAGAGACACACACACAACGGAAAUGCU